AUUAAUGGUACCAAAAUUGUAAUCAUUGUUUAGACACAAACAAUGAAAACCAAAAUAUUUUUUUAUUGGAUAUCAGUACCAUCUAUGGAGUAAAUCCACUAGUUAAGACUUAUGAUUAACUUCUGUUUUUUCUGGAUUUGAGAUUUACAACAAUAGAAUCAAAAUAUGGGGAGUGGAGUGCCACUCCUAAAUGAAUACAAGCAGGAAUUUUUAUGGAAAAGAUUUCCCCAAACGGUGUUGGGAGGUCCCAAGCUGCGUUUAGGCUAUGAUGCUCCUGCCUAUGUGUACUUGAAUCAAAUUUUCUUAUGGAUUAUGCCAUGGCUGAUAGGUGGUAUUUUUACAUUAACAAUAGAACUAUCCUAUAGUGAUGACAUGGUGAAGAAUAAUCUUGUCUUGUUCUGUAGUGUUUAUGGAGCUUGCAUGUCAAUAUUUGUUCUUUUGAUACAGAUCUUCAGCUCAAUUCAGCAUGCAAAACAGAAAACUGAUGUCAAAUUUAUGAAGAAACAUAAUCUAUUAUCAGAAGAAGAUGAAGUAGAAUUUGAUUCAUGCUGUGGUUCAGAAACAGUUCAUUUUGUAAUUCCACCCAAAAGUUUUAAGAUAAAUAUUUUGGUACAUGCUCUGAUAUCAGGGACAUUAUGUGGACUAUCAUUGUGGUAUUUGCUGCCAUGGAGUUUAAACAUACUCUUCUUUUAUAACUAUGGCGCGACUGCUGUUUUACACAUGUUGGGUUGGUUAACUGUUUGUGUAGCUCAGUACCCAUUGACAACUGGUUCACCACCAGAACCAGCUAUGUAUAGAACUAUGGAUGUAUGGGAGUUAUCUCCAAUAACAAGACCCUUUUAUGCACUUCUAUGUAUUGCAUUUCAUAUUGUACAUCUAUAUGGGAAUUACUCUGAGUUUUUGCUGACUAAUCAGAUAUUACAUGUUGUGUUUGUGUGUUUACCAGUAUUGUGGAUAUGUGGAGUUUUACCACCAGUAGACUGUUUAUUUCUAUGGUUAUUAGAACAAGUUCAUAUAUUUCUAUUAGGAGGAUCUCCCAUGGCUUCAGAUGCAAGACUACUAUGUAUGCUGGUAUUAUCUACUGGUGUGUAUUUGGCAGCCUAUUUUAUUCCUGUCACUGUAGGAAACGUAGUUGUGUGUGCAAGCAUGGGAUACAUUUUAAGUACUGAUCUAGGUGGACUUGGUAGUCAGCUGUGGAUAUUCUAUCAAACUCAUACCAAGAACAAAGUUUCUAUCAGCUCACAGAAUAAAGCCAUUAAUUCUACUCCAAGUAUUAAGGGUUUCUUAUGGUCAUGGAAUUUAUCUACAGUGUUCUAUCACUUUAUCAUGAUAGUAAUCGUAGGUGUGGAAGCUGGUCUUUUAACCUAUGAUACUACUAUUUUAAACAGUGAUUUAAAAGGUGUUCUGGGUUAUAUUAUCGUAGGACUUUGUAUAGUAGAGAAGAUAUUUCGUGAAUCUCAAUCAGUCUAUAUAUUUUUUGGUUUAGUUCGUAAUUUUAUAUUUCCACCAACAGUUCAAAGAGGUAGAAUUUUUGCUUAUAGAAAGAAACAGUUAAUUCCCCUUGGUUUGAUAAGACGGCUUGUUGUGAAUUGGGUUGGUCCAUUUGUGAUGGUGGCUUAUUUGUCAUUGACAGUAAUACAAACUGAUGUAAAAGGGUUACAGCUUUCUACUUCAAUAUGGUAUAUAUUUGGAGUAGUUCGAGCAUUUAGAGCGGUAUGGCAGAGUACAGUUAAUGCUUUAUUAGAGAUGUCUGCAGUUCAUCUUAUUGUGAUAAUGUUGCCAAAUGACAGUACUAUUAUGUCACUUCACCCACCAAUACUGUUACUAAUAAUAGGCAUGAGCAGAGAUCGCUGUUUUCAACUUCUCAAUAAACUUUAUUUCUUUUUCACACUCCUGCUUUCCUCUUGGCUUGAUAAAAAGCAACGCCGUAAAUCAACUGCUGUUGUUAUUUUUCUCUCUUUUCUUUUCUUUCCCGUUGUCAUGGUGAUCCUAUCUGCAGCAGCCAUAUUGUCUUCUCCUCUACUGCCUUUAUUUACUUUGCCUCUGUUUUUCAUUGCUUUUCCUCGGCCAUCCAGAUUUUGGCCUGAGUCAGUUGGUGCCUCAGCUAAUGCCUGCUCUGAUUCUGUCUAUUAUAAACAGUUUGCUCCUGUCUUCGCCAAAGCUCUAAGGAAAAUGUUUGCAGAUGGUAGUCUAGGAGAGGCUAAACCUGGGAAUCAUUAUAUGGUACGAUUUCAAGAUCGCCUGGCAUGGUUUACAGUAUUAGAAAGAGGUGCCACGUAUUGUACUGUAAACGUGAAAGGUCUAGAACUUCAAGAGACGUCAUGUCAUACAGCAGAGGCAGCGCGAAUGGACGAUAUCUUUGAACUGGCCUUCGAGAGAGAUAACAUAGGAUCAUGUGGUCUUAAUGCAUAUCCAUUGCAUUCUUUGACACCUGUUGAUGCUAUAGGUGUACAGACAUAUUCUGAUGCCAGGAAUGUACUUACAGGAAUCAUAGACUCCCCUGACAGUCUCGCAAUAACAAUGUCGUAUUUUGUUAAAAGUUUAACUUGGAUAAUACUCCAUCAUGUUAAUAAGCAAAAGAUUAAAGAGAACAAAGAAACUGAAAGACAAAAGGAAAAGGCGGUGGCCAGGAAAGAGAAAGAAUAUUUAGGUAUUGAAAAAAGAAGUUCUGCCAGGAAAUCAAAGGGAGAAAUAAAUCAUAAUAAUCAAAAAUCUGAUUUAAACAACCACAAGAGUCGACAUACUUCUAUCACUCAGAUGCAAGAAGUAAAAUCCACUAUUAAAAAUGAUUUGACAAUGGUUGACACAGAUUCUAGACCCGUCUCUGCAGUUUCUGCUAAAAAGAAGCGUAAACCAUCUCAAACCUCCUCUAUUCACAGCUUUACAGACAGUAUUUGGUCAGAUGAUUUUGAGGUAGAGAAAAUAGAAAAAAAGAAAAUAAAUGUUAUCAAUUCGUCCAGAAAUCUGAACACCCCAAACACAAGGAGCAAGAUGUCUGCUACUUCUGUAACAGAAACACCCCGUCAAAAAUCUAAGACAGUUUUUGAUGAUGAAAUUGAUGAUUUGUUAGACGAUAGGACUUUUGGAAUGCCUGUCGUGGAUGCACACAGAUCAAGCAAAAUGGCUGAACCCUUGUUUUCUAAGCCUGUCUCAAAUAAGAGAACUCAAUCUAACAACCAUAUCUAUAAGCCAGUUACAAACUUAGCUGGAUCACCUGAUUUUAAAUGUCAGUAUUCUGCUCAUAUCAGUUUACCUAUUAAAUGGAGGGAAUUACCUAUAGAAUACUCACAGUUAUCUCGUCAUAUCAGUCAAUUUCCUACAGAUUGGUAUAAACAUGUUCUAUCACAACUUGAUUGGUCUGUUAUAAGUUGUCCAGCAGAAAAAGUAGCACUAGAGGUGGCUGCCGAUGAUGCUUUAACUAAUUGUUAUUCUCAGUUAAUUAUGGCAUGUUUUUCUGGAUUUGAUUUUCAAAGUAAAUAUGGAGGAGCUAAUAGUCUGUAUAAAACAUAUAUUGGUGAUGUGCCGUGGAAUGCUAUGGUAGAUUGGCUAGCCGAGGAAAAGGAACUUUAUGGCUUAGUUAUCAAGGCAUUUAGAUAUGGGUUUAAGUUGAUGAUUGAUCAUAUGAUAAUGGGCGACAUUAGUAGUCAUGAGGAAUUAACUGAAUAUUUACAAGAUUAUGAUGAUAAUUGGUACAUUGGUUUAGAGACAGAAGAUGAUUGGAGAAAUGGCAUUGUUGAUAACAAACAUAAUUUAUUCUCACUUGGACAUAACUCCAUCCAGGGAACAUACAACAGUAGAGUGCUGUCACUUCAAGAAGUAAUGGUUCACAUUGGUCGUUUAAAUGAAGAAGUAGUAAAAGGACAGUGGGCUAAUCUCAGUAUGGAACUAUUAUAUCUUACCAAUGAUGAUGAAGAACGUUACAGUAUUCAAGCUCAUCCAACCAUAUUAAGAAAUCUGACAGUUCAAGCGGCUGAUCCACCAUUAGGUUAUCCGAUAUUCUCUUCACGCCCAAUCUCAGUUCCAACAUUGUAACCAUAUUAAAGGUGAAAACAACAAUAUAUUGGCCAGUUUAAGAAAAAAUUAGUAGUAUACCAUACUGAAUUCCACUAAUAUUGUAUCUAAAUUACAUAUAUAUGCUCAGAAUUGGUACAGUGGUAAAAAAAGAUUUUUACUGAACAACCGAUUUAAAUAUUCAUUAAAUUUAUCAUAGAAAAAGAGCAAGAAAACAAAAAUUCUGGCAAAAAACAAUUGAAAAUACAAUGAAUCAGCCUCUGUUGUAUCAUUAAUCCAUCUAGUUUUGCAUUUAUGCCUUUAACCAUGAUAAUCUCGUAAAUAUACAAACUUGUUGAUUAUUCAUAUAUCUAGUAAAUAGAUGAAUAGUUUUCCCCCUAAAUCACGUUGGUGACCUCUGUCAUUCAAUAUAUUAAACAUAUGCUAUACAUAUGAAAAUAUGCAAUCUAUAAGCCAUUAUUAGCAAUAGUAAUCACUAUUUAAUUCAAUACAUAGCAAUGAACACUCAGAACAUUCUUGCAAUACCCUGGAUGUGUCAGUGGAUGAGGGGUAAAGUUAUCAAUGUCGUACUUUUUAGAAAGACGAUAAACAGUUUAGGCUUUGUGUAUGGUCUGUAUUCAGCACCGACAUUAAAGCUUUUAAUUUUUUAUUGAACAAACAAAACAGAUAAUAAUAGAAUUAUUACUGACUCAAGAUGAUAUUGAAGCGGUGCAUGUGGAUAUUAUUGAGCGCAUUAUUCCCGAUUGUAUUGCCACUAUCACAAAAAUUAUUUUAAAAAUUUAAAAUGACAAUGUAGGAUUAUUUAUUCUUUAAAUAACUGUAUUUGAAUUCCCUGUUUGAAUUUUCUCUUCAUUAACAAUGCAAAGAUGUCUUACUGUAAAAUCAAUUUAUGUAAUUGCCUUAGUUUACAGUAUAGUUAUGAAAUUGCUAUUCAUCCGCAAAUUAUUUCACUUUUCUAUUUAUUUAUUUAUGCUCAAUUUAUUUUUUACCGUCCAUGUCAAUUGUAUGACAACAACUGCUGCUAUUUAUUCCCACCUGAAAACAAUCAAAGAACAAAUAUUUAUAAGCUAGAAAAUGUUAAAGGAGAAGUCCCACAUUUCACAGGGUCCUCUGGGAUGAAAAGGGUUAGGGGGAAGAGGAAGUAUGCAAAUCAAAGGCCAAAAGGUAAAGAAAUAGCCUUUUUACCUUUUCUUAGAGUUUGAUCUUAAAAUAUGGUUGGAAAUGAUCUCCAAAACAGUUUAUAGGAAUUAUGUAACCCUUUUUAGAGCACUAUCUUCCAAUUUUUAUUUUGAUACUAUUAGUAGGCUUUGCCAAGGGUGAAUGGUUAGCGUGCGCGCUGUAUCAUAAAGUCUAUCAUUGAGUCGACUGGCGUUUCGAAUCCCCGGUUGUAUGUGACAAGGAGUAGGGUUGCCUGUCCAACCUCGUGGGUUUUCUCCGGGUCCUCCGGUUUCCUCCCACUGCUAAAGACCCCUAUGCGCAAGCGAAUUAUUGAAAUAAAAAUGAAAAACCAUGUUAGUCCCAAAAUGACCUAGUUUGUGUCGAGUGGACGUUAAACCCCAUUUCUCUCUCUCUCUCUUUGCCAAGGGGUAUUUAAGACACAAUAAUAACUUUAAAAUUUAAAAAGUUUGUAACAACAGGAAGUUUGUGUUUAUUUAAAAACUUAUCAUAAAACUUGAGGUUAUAGCUUAGGACUGGGUUUUUAAGAACAUUUCACACAUAAUUCGCCAGUUUCAUUUAUAUAUCUGGGAUUUCUCCUUUAAACUUGAGCAUCAACAACACCUUCUAUGUAACAUAUAGAAGUCAACAAUGAACAAUGAUCACAUACAUCAUAUCAUCACAUCUCAUAUUAUUUAAAUGAAAGUGCUUUGUUACAUUUUUUUUUGUCAUCCAUCAGAAAGUUUCAGCCUGUGUACUUAUUUUGUAUUUAUUUAAGUGUGAACUGUAUAUUUAUAUUGUUAUAUUACACAGAAGUUUUGAAGUGAAUAUGAAUGUCUUAACACUUCUUUAUUUGCUAUUGGUAAAUAGGUGAUUUUAUUUAAAAUUUGGUAUUUCACGUACUAAAAAUAGACUGAAAAAUUACUGUAUGCAUAAAUUUUUGUGAUGUUAAAUCCAGUAAUAAAUUGAUUAUUAUGUCAUUUGUCUGCAUGUUUGUAAAUUGAUUGUAUACAUUUCUAUUAAGACCAUAGAUUAAUUAAAUAGUUAUUGAUUGAAUACUUAUAAAUUGUACAUAUUGUGUACUUUAAUUAAUGCUGUCAGAUAAAAUACAAUAUAUUAUCUACAGUUAGAGAAUAGAAAUGGUUUAUUUAUGAAAUGAAAGCUGUGAGGUUGUAUUAGUAAUUUUAUGAUCGUGCAUAAUUCUGAACAAGCAUUAUUUAUUCAAUUGAACAGCCUUUUUAUAAAAUGCAUAGGCUACAUGUUAGAUUUCCAAUAAAAUUAGGUAGUUUAUUUUAAUAAGUAAUUUCUAGCUGGAUAAGACAAUUUUAGACUGGAAAAGCCUCAAUUCGCAUUUUGGAAAAGAUCUCUUCAGUUAUUCUCUAGAAGUAUUCAGAAGUUUUUUUGUGUAAUUACUACUGUAAAAGAAUUCAUGUUGAACUACAAAUCAACAAAGUUUUAUAUUAUGCAUAUAACAUAUAAUUUGAUUAGGAUGACUGGAUUUAGGUUCAACAUGUUUCAAUAAAAAUUGUACAUUAUAUUGUGCAUGUAUCUGCAUAGGACAAACAGCCUUCUUUCAAAUUGUGCUUUUUAAAUUUUGAGGUCAAUUAAAGAUAAGGGCAUUCAGUAGUUAGUCUGUAAUGUAGACAUACCUUCAAGAAGAUUAUUCAUUUGAUAUGUUCUAUUGUGCACUUCAUUAUAAACUGUUUGUUUGAAUUUAAUAAUCGAAUGGAGGAUUCCAUUUAAUGAUCUGAAAUAAUAUACUGAAUAUUGUCAUUAAAGUACAAUGUAAUUGCAAAUAUUUUUGAAAUAUUGGUUUGGUUUGGCUUAAUUUUAAAAUGUGCCAAAUUGUUAGAUUUAUAAGAAGCUGAUUUCCAAUUAUUCUUGUCCUUGAACAUUGUAUUUGAAUGUUAAUAUUCACUAUAAUAACUUGACUGUGAUAUAAAUGUUUGUGUGUCUUCUAUUUAUUGUAUUAUAAUAUUGUAAAGACCGAUUCCAACUGGCAUUAAUUGAAAGGAAUAUCACAACAUUAGGUGACGCCUGUUAGAUCCCUCAAACUAUAGCAUUUCUGCUUGUUUCGUCAUAUUUGAAUGCUCAUUCUUGAUUGCAAUUGUUAAUUCAACUGAAUGAUUUAUAUGGGAACACUGAAAAUGUUGAUUGAAAGUUCUUUCGAUUGAAAAUUAAUUUGAUACGAUUGAUACCAGUAGGAAUCGUGCUUAAAUUUUUGUUCCUUUAAAACAUAAGCUUACUUGUACAUAUAUUUGUAAUGUAAAACAAUAUUUAAGUCUAUGUUGCUAAUGGAUUAAGAUGGAGAAAAGUUUAACUAUUCCAUUGAUCAAUAAUUAAAGAGAUUUUGUUUAGUUUGUAAACUAAUUAGUCCAUUCAAUCAAUGGUUCAACGAAGAAAUGGAUGCAAAUAUUUGAGCCCUGAGUAUAUCACACCCGAAGAAAAAAAGUAGCCAUUCUUUGACAGUGGUUGGGUUUUUGGAAUUCUAUGUAUCCACUGUUAAUUUAUGCGGAAGUUGCAUUGACCAGUGGGUCAAUAAUAUUUCAUAUAAGUUAAGUAAGAACUGAGACAGUGUUGAAGAAUGACAAAUUUAUAUAUUUGUUUUCCAGUUUGCUCCUUUUAAAGAAAAGGGAUAAUAUCCAUUUAUUCGUUGAUAUACAUGUACAUGUAUACAAACGCAAAUAAAUAGAGAAAAUGUACCUUAGUCCCCCAAAAAAAUAAUAAUAAUUAUGGUAAUAAAAUGUGUUGAAUUCA